GGAGCGUUAACUAUCAUGUGACGUUUGGACUAUGUACUUUUGACUUGUGACAACAUCGGGUUUUAUUGUUGUUUAUUGUUUUGUUUAGUUUGUACUGUUUCUGUUUUUAUAAUGAUUAUUGCGAGUUUGUGUUUCCAUGGCAACACCAUAAGUCUAAACCAAACUAUUUCAGUGACAUCACUUAUGACAUCCUGACACACUGAAGCGAUGACAUCAUUGGCUUUGAUGAAUGUUCCGUCACAGAAGAUCAAAGAGAUCUGUGAUGUCAUGAUGAUGUCACAGAAGAUCAAAGAGAUCUGUGAUGUCAUGAUGAUGUCACAGGAGAUCAAAGAGAUCUGUGAUGUCAUGAUGAUGUCACAGGAGUCUGAAGGAAGACUGCAAGGGCUGUGAUGUGCAUUCACUCCACACUCUUCACUCCAGAGCUGUAAGUGGUGACACGCAUUCAGACCACCUUCGCAGACUUCUACACAGAACACUUCUUCCAAAGAGAAAUAUAUUAUUCUACCUACGCACAACACAAGUCUACAGACGGUGCCAUGGAUAGAAGAAGCCACCAGAACAACAGGGGAAACCCCAGGCCAUUCGACCAUGGAGCUGAAGCGGAUCGAGCUUACAGGCAGGUCCACUGCAGAAACGGCCAGAUAAACGGCCUGGAGGAGUAUCGUGGGGCAUUUCAGGAGGAGAGGACGACAUUUUGCCACAGUAUGCGCAAACAAAAAGACAAGGUCAAACGUCUCGAGGAGCUCCUGAGCUACAGGGACUCAGGGCUCCACAAAGAGAACAAAAGGCUGGUUGACACCAUCAUGGAGCAUGAGGCAGAAAUCUCACGUCUGAAUGGGAAUAUUGAAAAUGCAGAAUGCCAACACAAGAGGCAGCUGGACCAAAUUGUGGCAAGGCAUGAGGCAGAGAAAGGAAAUGUCUCGGACGAGAAGGACCAGGCGACAUCUGACAGCGAGAACAAUGAUGUUCCCCUGCAGUGUGACCCAGAGAUCAUCAAACUGAGGAUGAGGAAAGGGGAGACCAUGAAAGAGCUGAUAAGAAAAGGGGAAGAACUCCUUGAGUGUGUGACCAUCUUGGAGGAUAGAAACAGCGGUCUGGAGGAGAAGAUGGAAGCUGCAGAGCUUCAACACAAAGAGCAGCUGGAAGACACAGUGGCAUGGUAUGAGACACAGAAACAGAAGCUCUCAGACCAACACAGCGAGGCCAACCUGGUGACUUUAAACCUGCUGCAGAGAAGAGAGGAACAACUCCUUCAAUGCGAGGAAAAGGUCACCAAGAGCCUGGCCGAAAAGACUCUCACCUGGGAGAGUGAGAAGCAAGAGAUGGUGAUGAAGUUGAAAGAGGUGGAGAAGAAGAACAAUUACCAGGCCAGUAGAAACAAGACCUUGGAGACGGAAUUCCUACAGAUGGAGGCCCAGUUGAAAAGGCAAGAGGAAGAGUUCUCUAAAGACCUGGCCGAUAAGAGUCACACCUGGGAGACUGAGAAGCAACAGAUGGAGACAACACUAAAUGAGGUGACUCAGGAAAAGAACGACAUGGCCAAGGUAACCCUGACCUUGGAGACUGAGUUCAAACAGGUGGAGGCUAAAUUAAAGCAGGUGGAAAAGGAGAAAGAUCGCCUGGCCGAGAAUAACCUGGGCUGGGAGACGGACGUCAAACAGCUGAAAGAACAGAUGAGAGAGCAGGAGGAGAAGUUCUCCAAAGACCUGGCUGAAAAACAGCUGAACUGGGAGCAGUUUGUCCAAAGCAAGGAGACGGAUGUCAAGCAGUUGGAAAACCAAUUGGAAGAGCAGAAGAAGAAGCUCUCCAAAGACCUGGCCCAGAAACACCAGAGCAUGGAGACCAAGCUUCAUCUGACGGAGACACAACUGAAACAGGUGGAGGAGCAGAGGGACGACCUGGCUCAUAGAAGACUGAGCUGGGCAACGACUGAGAAAAAGAUGGAGGAGGAAAAGAAACUUCUGGAAGACCUCUGUCUUCACAUGAAGAAUAAGAGCAGAGGUUUCUUCUCUCACAGAAGGGGGGAGACUGAGGAUAGAGACGUUGCCUUGCAGAAAAUGAUAAGCAAGAUGCAAGAGAAGGAGAUGAGGAAGAAAGCCAAAGGCACGAGAAACACCUCCUCAGAGAAGAUGGAGAAAGCUUCUGGUGAUUCAGCUCCAGCUGGACAACAGUAACUCCCUGCCUCCAUUUCCCUCACCUCCUUCCUCACCCCCUCCUUCACUUUUUGCUCAGAUAGGGUUUUCUCCUGGAGCUCAGGUUUUCCAGAAAUCCAUAUUAAUAAGGAUUAAAAAAAACACAUCAACAAUAAGUCCCUCCUCCAUUUCCCUCACCUCACUCCACCCUCCAAAGCGUCUUUGAAUUCAAGAAAAGCGCUAUAUAAAUGUAAUGUAUUGUUGGAUCUUCCCCCGCAUACAGUGUUCCUGAAGUGCAAGUCGAAACAA